AUGAGCAAGGAAGCUAGCAGGAGAUGGCACUGGUGGACGCCGAGGCUGCCUUUCUCCGACUACCGCGGCCGCCCCGUCUACCACGGCACCUCCGGCGGGUGGCGCUCCGCCAUCUUCGUCGCCGUGGUGGAGGGCGCCGGCAGCUUCGCCUACUACGGCGUGUCGGCUAACCUGAUCACGUACUUGACGGGGCCGCUUGGCCACUCCAAAGCUGCGGCGGCUACGGCUGUGAACGUCUGGACCGGGACUGCCAGGCUCUUGCCACUGCUUGGCGCCUUUGUCGCCGACUCCUGGCUAGGCCGCUACCGGUCCAUCAUCCUCGCCUGCACCCUCUACGUCCUGGGUUACGGCAUGAUCACUCUAGCAUCCACGCUCCUUGCUCAGCAAUCGUCACCAACCCUCGACAACGACUCCUCUUCACGUCCUUUGUCGUUGCAGGUGGCCUUCUUCUACGCCUCCCUCUAUCUUAUCGCCUUCGCACAGGGUGCAGACAAGCCUUGUGGCCUUUCCUUUACUGCCGAUCAAUUUGACCCUGACCACCCUAGCGAAUGUGCAGCCCGCAGCUCCUUCUUCAAUUGGUGGCACUUUUCCAUAGCCGUUGGUAUAGGUAUCGCCAUUAAUGUCGUAAGCUACAUCCAAGAGAAUUUUGGUUGGGGAAUUGGUUUUGGCAUGUUGUGCACCGCAAUGAUUUGCGCCUUCGUCGAGUUCUUCUAUGACCAGAUGCCUAAAGAGCUUCGUAGCCUUGGGAUAGCGCUCUACUGCAGUGUGAUUGGGGUUGGUGGCUUCAUAAGUGGCGCUCUCAUUUCACUCAUUGACCGCAUCACCCGCAGCGGUGGUGGCGACAGUUGGUUUUCUGAUAACCUCAACCGGGCCCACCUUGACUACUUCUACUGGGUGCUCGCUGGCCUCAGUGCCGCCGAGCUUGUGCUCUACAUCUACUUCGCCAGAUCCUACGUCUACAAGGACAAAAGAGACCGUGCAAACCUAAACAUAUCCUCCUGCUUCUGCUCUCCUCCAACCCUAGCGCCACUGGCCUCCGUCCUCGCGCCGCCGGUCACCACCUUCCUCCCCUCCCAUGGAGCCCUCAAAAACUCCUCCCCACCCCAACGCCAUCCUUUGGGUGCAGGCCACCGCCAUCCAGAGCGUCCGCUCCCUCGUCCCCGUCGUCCUCGAGUUCAAGAGCGUCGUCUUCCCCAAGUGGAGGACCUUUUCACCAUCGCCGUCACCACCUACGCCCUCGAGGACCAUCUCACCACCGAGACGCCUUCCACCGACCCCACGUGGCUCCACCUCGACGUCACGGUGCUUUGCUGGCUCUACGCCUCCAUGGCCAUGGACAUCGUCGACCUCGUCAUGCCUACCGACCCCGCCACCGCCACGGCGUACAAGGUCUGGACCUCCGUCCUCGCGCUCUUCAACGACAACAAAAAGAGCCACGAGAUUUAUCUCGCCGAGGAGUUCCACAACAUCAAGUAG